AUGCCGUCGGUAGCGGACAAAAAGACGACGCUGGACGAGCUGUCCUCGCAUUUCCCUCUCACAUUUCCCAUUCCGAACCCAACAACACACCCAGAUUUAAUCUCAAGCAAGGACCUUCACCGUGAAGAGGAUUUACUGCGAAACCCAAACUCUUUUCGGGCAUGGUGGACAGCAAUCCAGUCGACUCGGGAGGCAUUUGUUGUAAGGCAAAAGUUAGAGGCGCCUGAAACGAAGGUGUCGGAAGUAGAACGAGCGCUCUUGGGACCUUUGGCGACACCGUUGGCGCGAAUCUCGUUACAGCGCAUCACAUAUCUUUAUGAAGCUGCCCUCCAGAAUUUUCCCAAUUCCUUCAAGCUGUGGAAGUCUUACUUGACUUUCCGUAUGUCAUUCGUCUUGGGCAAACCUGUCAUCAAGAAGAGAGCCGGAGGGAAGAAGAAGUUGCCCGAGAUGAAGGAGGCAUUGGAGGAGGAAGUUGAUGAUUUGGAGGAAUGGGAGACUUGUUUGGACCCCGUCGUUGGUUGGGAAGAGUGGAAGAGUUUAAUCGCCACUUUCGAAAGGUGUUUAAUGUGGAUCCCAAAGCUUCCUCGGAUAUGGUUGAUGUAUUUCUCAAUAUUCUUCCAUCCAAAAUGUCCCUCUCUUCUCUCCUUCAAGCACGCUCGGCGAACCUUUGACCGGGCACUUCGAACUCUGCCUCCCUCCCUCCAUUUCCGUGUCUGGGUGCGGUACCUACUAUGGGCCGAACGCAAAGGUGGAGAGACCAUGGUUUCGGCAUACCGACGAUACCUCGCCGUCGACCCAAGCAUAACCGAACGCUACACGGAACUCUUGCUGUCAGAAGAAAACGGCACACCUCGCCCUCUGGAAGCGGCGAAAUUGUUGCUAUCUCUCGCUCGCAAGGCUGCAAAGGGAGAAUACACGAGUGUAGAAGGCAAGAGUCCGCUAGAUCUCUUGACCGAAUUCACGAGUGUUGUGGAGAAGUUUGCGGAAGAAGUUGGGAUGGAUGUCGACGACACCGACGUCUCCAAUGCCGCCAUUGCGAAGAAGGAAGCUGAUGACGCUGAAGCCGCUGAAAAGGCACAAGCCGCUGCCCAAGAUUCCAACUCCCUCAUCCGAAUUGCCGGUCCUCCGGUCCCUGUCGAUGCAAAUGGCACACCUAUCCCUGCUUAUGAUGAAGACGAAGAUCCCCUCAGUCCACGGAAACUCAACAUCGAGCAGAUCAUCCGAAAGGAUGGUUUGGAAGUGUACAAGGAUCAAGCAGGUCGCUUGUGGGCUGGCCUUGCGACGUACUGGAUCAAGCGUGGAGAUUUCGACCGCGCAAGAGAGACUUUCGAAAAGGGCAUCGCCAGUGUUGUUACCCAACGUGACUUCAACCAGAUCUUCGAGGCCUAUUCCAACUUUGAGGACGAAUUGAUCAGCGCGAUGAUGGAGAGCUUGGAGGACGAGGAUGAAGACGAUGACGAGAGGGAGGAACUGGAGGAGGAAAUGGACCGACGCAUGAAGGAGUUUGAGCAGUUGACUGAUCGUCGACCGUUCCUCUUGAAUGACGUUCUACUUCGACGAAACCCGAAUGACGUACAGGAGUGGGAGAAACGAGUGGCCUUGUAUGGAGAGGACGACGAGAAGGUUGCUCAAGCAUAUACCCAGGCCCUCGAGACCAUCAACCCUCGCAAGGCUACCCCCAAUCUCCACAGACUCUAUGUCAACUUUGCCAAGUUCUAUGAGGAGGGAGGGGCAAGUGGUGAGGCAGAGCCCGACCUGGAUAGUGCACGCAAGAUACUUGAAAAGGCUACCAAGGUCAACUUCAAACUUGUAGAGGAUUUGGCUGAGAUUUGGUGCGAAUGGUCAGAGAUGGAGUUGCGUCAUGAGAACUAUGACGAGGCUAUUCGGGUGAUGCAGCGUGCAACUGCUGUCCCCAAGAAUACCAAAGUCAACUACCAUGAUCAAUCGCUAUCUGCCCAGGCAAGAUUGUUCAAAUCUCUGAAGCUGUGGUCAUUCUACGUCGAUCUGGAAGAGUCGAUAGGAACAGUGCAGUCGACCAAGGCGGUCUACGACAAGAUCCUGGAACUCCGUAUCGCGAACGCACAGAUCAUCGUUAACUACGCGGCUUUCCUUGAAGAGAACAACUACUUUGAGGAGAGCUUCAAGGUUUAUGAACGCGGAGUUGAGUUGUUCACUUUCCCUGUGUCCUUCGAGAUCUGGAAUAUCUACCUCGCCAAAUUCGUGAAACGAUAUGUGAGUGCUUUCCCGGUGCCUCUAGGAGUCAAUUUCUCAGUCGUCUUCCAGGGCGGGUCCAAACUCGAGCGAGCACGAGAUCUGUUCGAGCAAGCUCUGGAGAAAUGUCCACCGAAAAACUGCAAACCCAUUUUCCUCCUGUAUGCCCAACUCGAAGAGCAAUACGGACUUGCCAAGCGGGCAAUGGCAAUCUACGACCGUGCUACGAAGGUCAUUGAUGAUAAAGACAAGUUCGAGAUGUUCACAAUCUACAUUGCCAAAGCCACCGAGAACUUUGGUCUCCCUGCCACAAGACCAAUCUACGAGCGAGCAAUCGAAGUUCUUCCCGACAAGCAGACAGCAGAAAUGUGCUUGCGCUUCGCGGCCCUCGAGCGCAAACUGGGUGAGAUCGACCGCGCUCGUGCAAUCUACGCCCAUGCCUCCCAAUUCUGCGAUCCUCGUGUCCAUCCCAAGUUCUGGACCGAAUGGAACGACUUCGAAAUCGAAACCGGAUCCGAAGAUACGUUCAGAGAGAUGUUGCGGAUCAAACGUAGUGUGCAGGCACAGUUCAACACGGAGGCCAGCUACCUUGCUGCACAGGCUGUCGCUGCUCGCGAGAGUGGGCAGCAGACCACUCUGGAUGAACCCCAGGAUGCAAUGUCGAUGGCUGAGAAACAGGCCUCAGGCGGUGCCACCAAAUUUGUUGCUGCAAGUAAAACAGCGCUUCCUCCACCUGACGGUGCCGCGGCAACUGCGCCAGCACCUGCGGUCAACACUGACGAAAUCCAAAUCUCGGACGAUGAGGACUAG